GAUUGUCAAUAUUUAUAAAGAGCCAUAUGUCAGUUCGGAGGGUGGAACUAAACAAGCAUUUCUGCACUAGGACAGAAUUACAUUGAAAUAGUGUCACUCUGAUGGGGUCCUUUAACCUGCUCUGACAACCAGCGCUGUAGCUCUACCACGUUCCACCGCAGAUGCGAAAGGCCGACAUUAGCGGAUAUCUCUAUCUUAAACUGAUGGAUUUUGAUGGGGAUUUUUUUAUCAUGUUAAUUAGAUUUGACGCACAGGUGUGUCAAUAGAAUCUUAAGGAUUUUAAAGUGUAUAUUUGCACAGCACAUGAUGAAGACUGCUUUUUAAUCUUAAUUUUUACAGGAUUAGCCUCAAUUUAAUAUGACAUUACAAUUGCAAAUGAGUUUGAAAAAGCUCAUUAGCCAUUCAUAUCAUGGCUCUGUCACUGGCCGGUUGUCAUUACUGUGUGUUUUGUGUGUUUGUGUGUUUUGCCAAAGUCUUGUUUUUGCCCCCUCUUUUAAAAAUAGUAAACACCUAACAGGGAGGGAACCAAUCCCCAUAAGCAAAGUCCAGAAGUGGGAGUAACCACCUGGGCCUGCCUGUUAUGCCCUGCCAUUGGUCCCCAUGAAACCUCCACCAAUUUAAAACCAGACACCAGUUGCUCUUCCACCGUCACACUACCACCACAAGCCCCAAAAGAUAGAUAGGGAGAGAGGGAGUGUGAGUGUGCCAGAGAUAGGGACAGACUGAGAUAGAGAGAGAGAGAGAGAGAGAGAGAGAGAGAGAGAGAGAGAGAGAGACACACACACACAGAAUUAGUUCAUGCUAGCAUGCCUGCUUACUCCACCAACAUGAGGCUGAAGUUUCCCAUCCUGGCUCUGACUCUGGAGAUUAUCACCAUCAUCCUGUUUGCUGUGUUUGUGGUCUACGAUGAUGGGAAACACGGGGGGCAUGGAGCCCACAACAAUGCCACACACCAUGAGGAGACGACGGAACAGAAUCCUCUGACCCUCUACCCCAUGUUCCAGGAUGUCCACGUGAUGAUCUUCAUUGGCUUCGGAUUCCUGAUGACCUUCCUGAAGAGAUAUGGCUUCAGCAGCGUGGGCCUCAACCUGCUCCUGGCCGCCUUCGCUCUGCAGUGGGGUCUCCUCGUGCAAGGCCUCUGGCACCUGGACGAAGGAAAGAUCAAAGUCUCCAUCUUCAAGAUGAUCAACGCAGACUUCAGCACAGCCACGGUUCUGAUCUCGUUUGGGGCGGUCCUGGGAAAAACCAGCCCAGUCCAGCUCCUCAUCAUGACCCUCCUUGAGAUCACCAUCUUCGGCAUCAAUGAACAUCUGGUGGCCGAAGUCCUGAAGGCCAAUGAUGUUGGGGCCUCUAUGAUUAUCCAUGCCUUCGGGGCAUACUUCGGUCUAGCAGUGGCCCGCAUGCUGUACAGGCCAGCUCUGGGGAACGGUCAUGAGAACGACGGCUCUGUCUACCACUCUGACCUCUUCGCCAUGAUCGGUACCGUGUUCCUCUGGAUGUUCUGGCCCAGUUUCAACUCUGCCAUUGCAGAACCCGGUGCUGAUCAACUCAUGGCUGUCACCAACACCUACUUCUCGCUGGCUGCCUGUGUGCUCUCCGCCUAUGCCGUCUCCAGCCUGGUGGAGCACAAAGGGAAACUGGACAUGGUCCACAUCCAGAAUGCCACUCUGGCCGGAGGUGUUGCCGUGGGAACCUGCGCUGACAUGAAUAUCGGGCCUUUCGGUGCCAUGAUCAUCGGAUUCGUGGCUGGCAUCGUCUCCACCCUGGGCUUCAAGUUCCUCACUCCCAUCCUGGCAUCCAACCUGGGCAUCCAGGACACCUGUGGCGUUCACAAUCUGCACGGCAUGCCUGGCAUCCUUGGGGGUAUCGCUGGCAUUGUGGCUGUCGCUCUGGGCAAGAAGGAUGGGAGCGCUGUCAUGCAGGCUGCAGCCCUGGCCUCAUCCCUUGGGUUCGCUUUGGUUGGAGGAGCCAUGACAGGUCUGAUAAUGAAACUUCCAUUCUGGGGACAGCCUCCAGAUCAGAACUGCUUUGAUGAUUCAAUCUAUUGGGAGGUUCCUGAAGAGGAAGAGGGCGAGGAGAGCCUGGCUCACGGAGACCAUUCCAUGAACAAAGCAGAGGCCUAAAUCUCCUGCCCUGUGCUGCAAAUACAUUAUCCACAACCCUUGGAGCUAUCAUGAACCAGACAUUAGACCUUGGGUGUAUGUUAAUAUUCUUAGCUGGCUUCCUCUCCUCGUCUCCUCUCCUUCGUUUAAGUGGUGGAUCCCUACCAGGACUUCCUGCGUAACCUGUCUAAUGUCUUGACCAUCAGUGCUGACGGAGAGAAGGAGAGGAAGCCAAGUUAUGCUAUUGAGAUCAACCCAGAAUGACCAGUGCUAUCAACUUGUCAGUUGUUUUUACCCAGAGCAUAAAUGUAUUGAUUUGAGAUCAUAUCAAAUCAUAUUUGAAGUGGUUCAUGCUACCUUAUUUACACAUCACUAAUUCAAUCCGAACAGCAAGGAAGCUCAUGUUGCACUUUUCUGUGUAUCAAACUACGUCCUCAUUGUCCAUAGAUUUGUAUUAAAUAUUUUAAUCUUUAAUUGAAUAGAAUAGGUCCACUGAAGAGCAUUUGGGGAAGAUGUUCUAGCUCAUUAUAAUUCCAACUAAAGUGUAAGAGGUUUGGCGUAGAUGUUACAUACAAAACAUGUAUUAUCAGGUCUCAAUGUAAUUGAAAUAACAUUGUAAGUAUUUUUGUUUACAGAAAAUCAUAUCAAACCUUACAUGCUUGCCGAGUUUUGGAUGUGUUAGUCUGAAAAUUGAUUUCAGCGAAGCAGCAUUUUGAUAUAAAUGCCCCUUAAUAAGUUGCAUAUAAGCAUGAACUGUUCUUUCACACAUUCGGAGGAAAGAUACUUUCAGGGAUUUAUUUUUUUAACUGAAUUUGAUGACCAAUAAUGUGCCAUGUUCUGAGCCACUGGAAACAGUAGAAACAGUAUAGAAAUAGUAGAAACAGUAUAUCAAGCUGACAUUCAAUCAUAUCACCAAUCCUCCUCAAAAUGUUAACAGACAUUUGUUUUUCCUCAUAUACAUAGUAUAUUUUUCGCCAUCCAACUGACAUAACCGAUAUUGUGUGCUAAGCCUUGUUUCAUGAAGAGAAUCAACUGCUACUUUGGCCUGCUGCAGAGCAAGUCCGCCCACUACUCCUACUGGAGAGAAUCUGAUCCCAGACCUGUGAAGUAUAGGCAGUAGCUACCCGCUAGGCACAGAUAUCAUUUCAACAUCUAGUUUUGAUUGACAUAUUUUUGAGUGGUCAACUAACGUGAAUUUAACAUGAAAUCAACAACAACAACAAAAAUACAUCAAUCAAUUUAGGUUAACAUUGAAAUCCCUUUACCUUGAUGACAUUUAGCUAAUCCAAUCAGUUUUCCACGUUGAUUCAACGUCAUCACAUUACAUUUUUUAGUUGAAAUUAUGUGGAAACAACGUUGAUUCAACCAUUUUUGGCCCAGUGGGUAAGGGAUAGUAUUCAUCAAGUGUCUGAUAUUGGGAUGCUGAUCUAGGAUCAGUUUUGCCUUUCUAGAUCAGCACUUCUAAUCUGAGACGCUUGAUAAAUAUGGGCCCAUGGCUCACAGGGAUUGGCGUAGGGCAAGGAUUGGUCCUGCAUUAAACUACUCUCUGUGUGCUCCCAACACUCUGUGGUUUUCCUUCUUCAGCCCCAGUCACCUCAAAGCUAAAGUAGAGUGUCUUACAUUUUAAUUUCUCCCUCUAAGUUUUUUCAAAUACAGAAAGGCUGCAUUGAAAUCUGACACGUCCAAUUAAAAACCGGAUAGGCUACAUGUCACAAUUAUAAUAUGGAUACAGAAUAAAUGGGGCGUGACAAAGAUAGUCACUGAUAAGCUUUCUUUAUUUCUUUCACUUCUUAUUGUAACCUCUUAAUGUACAGUGUAGUUAGUUACACAAUGGAUAUAGUUAGUUUCUCUAAAUCCCUGCACCUAGGACUAGCAAUUGGUACAGUGUGUAUCAGAGAAAAAAGUAUGUCUUUAUAUAUUUCAAACAUUUUGUUGAAUAAAGCGAAGGUUAUACUUUAGAAUGCAGGAGGAAAAUAGCCUGCAAUAGUUCCUGUACUAGACCAUUGUUGCAAGGAAAGAUUAAACUGACUACAGAUAGAUAAAUAGCCUAGUAUUUCAUUUGGCUGAUGUAGUAGCCAACGUGUGAUAUAAACGUAGGCCUGAAGCUUAGUACACCAGCAGUCAAGACUUUGUUGAAAUGAUUGACAUGGCAUUAGCUUUUUAGGUUACAGAAAAUGAAUAUGUAUGACACUGUUGUUAAUGUAUAAAUACUAAUACUGGCACUUAUAAAUAUGAUUAUAUAUAAUAUCA